AUGUCGAAGCGAGGACGUGGAGGUACUGCUGGAAACAAGUUCCGGAUGUCACUGGGUCUACCAGUGGCAGCCACUGUGAACUGUGCUGAUAACACUGGAGCCAAGAACCUGUACAUCAUUUCUGUGAAGGGAAUCAAGGGGCGCCUUAACAGGCUUCCUUCUGCCUGUGUUGGUGACAUGGUUAUGGCAACUGUGAAGAAGGGAAAGCCUGACCUCAGGAAGAAGGUGAUGCCAGCUGUCAUUGUGAGGCAGCGCAAGCCAUGGCGCCGAAAGGAUGGUGUCUACAUGUACUUUGAAGACAAUGCUGGAGUGAUUGUGAACCCAAAGGGAGAGAUGAAGGGUUCUGCCAUCACUGGACCCAUCGGAAAGGAGUGUGCUGAUCUCUGGCCCAGGAUUGCUAGCGCGGCAAAUGCGAUUGUCUAA